AUGGGAAGGGCUCCUUGUUGUGAAAAAGUGGGGUUGAAGAAGGGAAAGUGGACAGAAGAGGAGGAUGAACUAUUAACAAAGUAUAUAAAAGCCAAUGGUGAAGGUUCAUGGAGGUCAUUGCCCAAAAAUGCAGGAUUAUUAAGAUGUGGUAAGAGUUGCAGACUGAGGUGGGUUAACUAUUUGAAAGGUGGCAUCAAAAGAGGGAACUUUUCAGCUGAAGAGGAAGACACCAUCGUCAACUUGCAAGCUUCUUUUGGCAACAGGUGGGCAACCAUAGCAAGCCAUUUGCCAGGAAGAACAGACAACGAAAUAAAAAAUUACUGGAACUCUAACCUCAGCAGGAAACUCUACUGUUUCCCGAGAGUAGCAACUACCAUACACACUACCUUCCCGGGCUUCACCGAUGUCCUUACUCCUAAGCCAAGACCACGUGGCAUCAGAUCAAGCCGUUCAUCCAUCAUCAUCAAGAAUAACACACAAAACCCUAAAGAAACCGCACCUCACAAGAACAAAGAUGAAGACUUUCUUAUCCCAGCACCUUCAACUCCUUUCAUAUAUAGUGAGGCUUUGUUCAACACCAUGGAGGAUUUCAUGGUCUUGGACAUGGACUUGGAUUUCAUGAAGCUUAGCACCACGGUGUUGAAAGCAGAAGACGAAGACGACGAGGACGAAGAAGAAAAAGUACACUGGACAACAAUGUAUGAGAAACAAAUCAUAGAUGAACAAGUUGACCAUAAGGUUGGAAUCUUAAAUGUAGAAAGCAUGACUACUAGCAAUAAUAGUUUGGGUGUGGACCAAACUAGAGAGGGUAGUAGUAAUGAUAAUGUGAAUAACAAGAUGAGCUCCAAUGGGGAAAGUGGAGAGUGCUGGAAAGUGGGAAUAAAUGAGAAUAAUCAUCACUUCGAUAUGGAGAGUAUUAUGGAGUUUAAUAAUGGGUCUGUGAAUAGAGAGAACUUGCUGACAUGGCUGUGGGAAGAUGAUUGGGAAAGCGAUUGCAUUAAAUUGGCAGAGAUGUUGGGUCCCCAUAAUCAAAUUGAUGAUAUCGUUUCCUGGUUACUCUCAUGA